CCUUUUUUUGUUCUUUUCCCUGUUCUUAUGUCAUUCAGAUCAUGAGACUGCUGGUUGUACUUUCCCUCACGUCCAGACCACAAAGUUCAAAAACCCUCCACAAUCUUCAUCCAGUUGUCAGCUCGGUAUGACUUCCUUUCACCCUCAGGUCCUGCUGAUCUUAUAUUUGAUCCGUCUUGUUCCAGCACUACCAUCUGAAGUGUCACCCUUUUCCGAGGUGCCUUUCCUCUCCGUGUGGAAUGCCCCCACUGCCAACUGCCUCUCUCAGUAUGGCGUGGAUCUUGACCUGGGGAUGUUCAGCAUCGUCCAGAACCAGAACCAAACCUUCAUGGGUGACAACAUAACUAUCUUUUAUGCUGAAAAACUUGGUUUAUAUCCCAGAUAUUCCAGCCGAGGGGAGGCUAUGAACGGUGGGGUGCCCCAGAAUGCCAGUCUGAAUGAGCACCUCCGAGCUGCCUCUGAUGAUAUACGCAGAUAUAUCCCUGACUCCCAGUUCCAGGGCCUGGGUGUGGUGGACUGGGAGAGCUGGAGACCUGUGUGGGAGAGGAACUGGGACAGUAAGGAGGUGUACUGGGAAGGAUCAAAAGCACUAGUGAGGGCCAAGCACCCAGACUGGAGCCCUGCACAGAUAGAAGCUGCAGCUCGGAUACAGUUUGAAGAAGCUGGGAGGAAAUUCAUGGAGGAAACAUUAAAACUGGGACAAGAGAAAAGACCUAAAGGACUGUGGGGGUUCUAUGGGUUUCCCAACUGCUACAACUACUACAACAGCAAAACCGGCAACUACACAGGAGAGUGUCCGACCGUGGAGAUGAAGAGGAACAAUGAGCUGUUCUGGCUGUGGAACGUCUCCUCUGCUCUGUACCCAGACAUCUACCUCAGCCUGGAGCUCCGAGGCCUGGGCAGAGAGGUUCUGCUCUACGCCCACCACCGCAUCCUGGAGGCCAUGAGAGCCGGGGCUCAGGUCACGCCAUCACCACCGCCGGUGUUCCCCUAUGCUCGCAUUGUCUACACAUACACUUUAGAUUUUCUCUCUCAGGAGCAUCUUGUGUACACUGUUGGGGAGAGCGCCGCUGUAGGAUCAGCCGGUGUCGUUCUCUGGGGCGACCACCUUUUCUCCAAAACCAAGGCCACCUGUGAAGCUGUUAAAUCCUACAUCGAUGAGACUCUUGGUCCAUAUUUGGUGAAUGUAACAUCAGCAGCCUCUCUCUGCAGCCAGACCGUGUGCUCCUCAAAGGGAAGGUGCCAGAGGAGGAACCUGAACUCCAGGUCCUACCUCCACCUCAACCCUGCCACGUGGACUGUGGUGUCCGACAAAAAGCCUGAAGGAGGACACAACUACAGAGUCCUGGGGCAGCUGAGGAAACGUGAGGCAACGCUCAUGAAGUCUGAGUUUCAGUGCAGAUGUUUCCCUGGGUGGACUGGGGACACCUGCUCCAAACCCGCACAGGGAUAGGCCACCUUAUUGUGCAGAAGUUAAUCCAGAAUCAGUUUAAUAAAUGGCACAAAAUCUUUAAAAACUGCAACAAUUAACCACCGCAGACGCAUACUGGGGCAGGUUUGGCCCAGACGUAGUUAUCUGCAUGAGUGCAUGUGGUCUCCAGUGAAUGGAGGAAAAAAUAAAAUCUUUGACCUGUGGUUUUUCUUAAUUAAUUAAUGCUUUCACAGUUUGUUAUGUCAGAUAAUGGUGUUGUUUCUAUAUAAAUAACAGUUUACAAUGUAUGUAGACCAUUUUGUAUUCAGCUUUAAUUUGUCAAUAAAAACAUUUAUUUUUUUUUAUGUAAUUUCAAAUAUUUGUAAAAUAUCAACAGAGCCUUUAUUUUCUUUACUACUGGCUGAAUUGUAAAUUUCUCAGUAAUGUAAAAUUUAAGCUGGAUGAUCAUUUUAGAUUUCAAGAUGACCUACUUUUACGAGAAGCAAAAUAUUCAUGGUGCUCGAAGUUCAACUAAAU